GCAGUUCCUCGUGCCCGUUUACUAAGACGCAUAGCGACAGCCACUGGUAACUCGCCACGGACAAUGCGCCGGUAGGCACGUCGGCUAUUUUUCUUGGUUGCUUGGGAUUGAGUGCACCAACGUGUCCAGCGACCGCCAUGCUGGAGAGGACCGCAACCAGCAUCGAGCCGUGCAGCAGCAGCCUCCAGCGGGUCUUCCCUUCGUCCAGAUAUUUGUUGUUCUCUAGCCGCCGCAAACUCCACACCGCCUUCUGGCUCCAUGGCGCCGCCGACUUCGAGCUUCUCGACGCAUGCCAGGCCCUCCUGCGCCUGCCCCCGACCGAGCCUCGGGCCCGCCAGAAGCCUCCGAAGCCCGGCGCGAAACCUGAGACGAUGACAGCGUCUACCUUCCUCCUCGACUUCCUGUACCCGAGCGGCACCGCGGCCCUCCUGCGCCGGCCGUAUCCGCUACACUUGGUGCGCCUGGAAUCCGCCACGAGGCCGCCUCGAACUCACAUGUCCCGCCUCUUCACAUCCGCAGCCCCUCGUCGGUCAGAAGAGUCUUCAAGCCCACAAGCAGCGGCCGAAGAGCCUGCGAGCUUAGAAGAAGCGGAGGAAGACGCCGCCGGGGAGCAAGGAGCCCCGGGAUACGGCGCCGCAACGGAUGGCCUGGAGGGUGGUGAGGAGGACGCGACGAAUAACGCCGCAGAGACAGAGACGCAAAGCACGGAUGAGGUUGGGUCUGAUGGUCCCGCCAAUCUGCGGAAACUUCUGAGCUCCGACCAUGCUGGUGCCUAUGACCAGAUCUUUCAGCUCUACACGAGCCUCGAUUCGAGCCUAAGAGACGAGUUCACCACCGAAGUUUUGCUGGCAAUUUCGGCUUCGACACGCCCGAUCGAGGCAUGGAGGGUCAAUGAGCUCUUCACGAGGUACCCCGUCGACGCCUGGACUGAAGACUUGGUUCGUGCCGCAGUCAAGGCGCAGCUCCUAUUGCACAAUGUCCCGGAAGCCAUGGCCAUCUUCAAAACAGCGGUGGAGCAGCGCGGUCUUGGCCAGGCCCUGGACUAUCUUGCCGCCUACGGGUUCGAGGUGUCGUCGUGGGACAUUGUUCUAGAGGCCUGCGAGAUCUACUUCCGUUCCAAGGGGAACGAGGAAUCUGUGCCGGACUCGGCAAAAAUGCACGACCCGAGGGGAGCUGCUCAAGGGGCCGAGCCACCACAGGCCCUGGAUGCGGGCGCUAUUGCUACGCCAUCAUCACCCGUGCAGGGAACCCAGCAUCUGACCGAACCAAUGUGGGUUGAGCCCGUUAGCGGGCCGGCACCAAUGCGGGAGGCCGGGUCUGCGGUAGAACCUUCGAAUCCUCAGGAAACGGAAACCGUGCCUGAACCAACAACUGUCCCGGAAGCGGUACCUGCGCCCGAGUCACCGCCAUCCCUGGAUGCAGAGCCUGCGGCUGAGCAACACCAACACUCGGAGGCGGCGACUGUGCCACCUGCGGCCGGAGACCCCAGCUCGGUACUGCAGUCCGGUGUAGCGCAAGAGGCGGAAAUCGAUGAGGUGUCAACCACUAUGCAGGCCACCGAGAUCGUGCCCGAGCCAGCAGCAACGCGGACUUCUGAGGCUGGAGCAGAGCUGACGACAGUGCAAGACCCUGAAACCGACUCGGAAGCUGUACAGGAUAUCGGGCUCAAGACCGAGUCAAUGGCAGCGCGGGAUGUUGCCGAUUCAGCCGGCGGCCCUUUGUCAGAGCAGAUCACAGAGUCUCCGCCUACCGGCGGCUCUGCAACCGAACAGCUUACUGAGCCCGGAUUUGGCUACCCAGCUCUGGCCGCUAUGGGCAACUUUGAGGAGAAGGCAAAGGAGCUGUACAAGUUCCUUGAGAACGACCCUGAGACCCUCUCUCAGCGCACUGCUCUUGUGGAUUCGUUUCUGAGGCACAUUGUGUGGCACUCCAUGGAGUUAUUCCAGCCAUCCGAUGUCGUGUUCAUGCUAGAUCGUGCGCAGGAUCCUCGCUGCUACGAGCGCUAUAUUAUCCUCAUCGCGGGUCAGCAGCGCAAGAGGCUCGCCAGCGAUCUUUACCGGAAGUACCGGUCUCUUCCCGGGGUGGUUGUGUCCGACUCAGUCCUCCGCGUCAUGAUCGACAUCUACUUUCCACACAACGUUCAGGGGAUGCAGCAAUUGAAGAGGGACUGGUAUACUACGUAUGGCCACCCAGACGACAGGGCUUACCACAAACUCAUGGCGUUUCAUGCCGGGCACGGCGAUGUCAAGACCCUCAUGCGCCUGGCCGAGGAGUAUGCCGUGCACUACGAUAGCGGAGUCAAGGAUGACCCCAAGUUCGUCACAACCCUCCUAAACGCCCACGCGGUCAGGGGCGAUCCCGAGGCGGCUCGCAAAGUGCUGGAAGAGGCUGUCGAAAGGUCGGGGACGCCACCCGAAACGAAGCAGUGGAACAUUCUGCUGAACGCCUACACCAAGGCUGGCGACUACGCCGGAGCCAUCGAUCUCUUUACGCACAUCUGCAGCGAACACGAUCCGGACGACUACACGUUUGCCACCAUGAUGGGCAUGGCCGCCUUCCGUGGUGACCUGGACUUCACCCUCGAGCUCUUGCAGCUGGCCAAUGACCGGAACAUCCAGGCCUCCAUGGCGAUGGUGCGGGCAUUGGUCGAGGCGUACUGCCAGAACGACCGGUUUGGCGAGGCCGAAAGCCUUUGCCUCCGACUGACCAAGUCGCGCGAAAUCGUCGGCGACUAUACCUACCUUUGGAAUGUGCUCCUCCGCCACAGCGCCAAGCGCCGAGAUCUGACGACGCUCAACCGGCUGUUAGGGCUGAUGUCUACGCAUAACGUCACCUACAACCAGGAUACCUACAGCCACCUCAUCCUGGGGCUGCUCUACUGCCGCCAGUCGCAUCACGCCAUGCAUCUGCUCCGUGUCGCCCGCCGUGAAGGCGUCUUCGAGCCGACGGCGGACCACUACGUCCUACUCAUGGCGGCCUUCAUCAACAGCAACGAGCCGCACAUGGCACUCACGACCCACCAGCUGAUGAUCAAGUGGAAUUACCACCACUCGGCGAUGCGGAUGGCCAAGGUCAUCGACGCCCUGGGAAGGUGGCAGCAGCUGCCCCCCAGCAGGCGGCGCGGGCUCGACGGCGCGCUCUUCCUCAAGCUUAUCCUGCGCGAUUUCUACAAGGCGAUGGAGAGAGAGGACAGAGGCUCACCCGGCGACAUCCGCUCCGUCAUCAGCCUCUACUCCAAGGUGCUCUUCGUGUUGACGCAGAUGCGCGAGUUCGCCACGGUGGAGCAGAUCAUCCAGCUGCACAACUCGCGGUAUCCCAGCCGCGGCACGCCCGAGACCAUCCCGCUGAAGCUGCUGCACAACAUCAUGCUGGCCGACUUCUACGAGAAAAAGUUCGACCGGGUCAAGGAGACCUGGGACCUCAUCCUGCGGCGAUCCACCGACCGGUACCAGCCGGCGGCCGCGAUCCUGAGCAGCCAGGGCGACCCGGACGCGCCCAGAAGGCCGGUGGUCUACGCGCGGCGCUUCCGGCUCUGCGACCCGCUCAAGACGAUGCAGCGGCUCUACCUCGAGCAGCAGGACGCCGACGGCCUGCUCGAGCUCGUCCGCACGGUCCGCGCGCGGGGGUUCGACCUGGACAGCAAGAACUGGAACUACCACGUGCAGGCGCUCGCGCGGCUCAAGCGGCGGCGCGAGGCGUUCGGGGUCUGCGAGAAGGUGCUCAUGCCGCAGUGGACGGGCUGGCAGCUGGUGCGCGAGCGCGAGGGCGAGCGGGUCCGGCUGCCGCUGGAGCUGCGCCGCCUCGGGUCCAACCCGUACCGGCCGCGGCCCAUCACGCACACGCUGCUGGUCCUGGCCAAGGAGUACAUGGAGCUGGAGCGGAUGAUGCUCUGGUCGCAGGCGGCCAGCCGCGAGUUCCAGUCGAUCGUCGACUCGUGUCCCAAGACGGUGCGCGCCAUCACCACCAUGAUGCGCUCCGGCUCGCGGCUGGAGGCCCAGUUCUUCGGCGAGGAGGAGCGGCCGCACAUCGGGCCCGUCCAGCAGUACCAAGCCAGUGCCGAGUGGCGGCAUCCUGGUGAGAGGCAGAGAGAUGACCCGGAAGUGAGCGCGCCAGCCUCCGACGCUUGGACCGAUGAUGGAUUCCUGAAUGUCGGCGAGUCCCCGGCGGCGAAGAAGGGGCAGGCCGAGCUGUCCGCCGAGGAUGUCGUCAGGGCGCUGAAGGGAGACCAGUGAGACGGGGGAUGGGUGUAUAAUAUG